AAUAUAUGGGAAGGGUUGAUUCGACAAAUCGUUCUGUGUACAUUUGCGUCUCGGCAGAGGGCGAUCGCGCUUCCCGCUGAUCCAACCAGGGCGGUCGAGUGAAGAGUAUUUAAACAGCGUUCUUCCAGCAUCGAAUAACCCAGCCCUGCCCAUCUCGCUUUGUCAGGCACCUUAGAAAUAUUAGGAGCUUCGCAUCCUUAAGUGGACCAAGAGCAUCAUCGGACUAGUAACUGUGGGCUGUGCAGAUCGUUGUUGUGCUCCACUUCCUCAUUGAAUUGAGGAUGGAAUUGAGUCGCAGAUGGACAUGUUACUCCCUGUGCGCUUGUGAGCCAAUGUGACUGCGGGCUGAGGCUGGUUCGCCCUCCAUGGAUGAUGGUCCCAUUCCCCGCUCUAAUAACUGUUCGCCUCCCUUCAACGCGUCCCGCUGGGGGUUCGCCGACUUCGGGAACCCUUGCCCGGCCUCGGCAGCCCUCACCGGUUUCCUGGUGGCUUCCUACUGCGCCGUCCUGGUCUUUGGGCUGCUGGGAAACAUCUGCCUGAUCUGCGUGAUCGCCAAGCAGAAGGGCAAAAGGAACGUGACCAACACGCUGAUCGCCAACCUGUCCUUCGCGGACAUCAUGAUCGACGUGUUCUGCCUGCCCUUCACGAUAGUCUACACGCUGAUGGACUAUUGGGUCUUCGGCCAGCUUUUGUGCAAGGCGGUGCCCUUCGUCCAGUGCCUGUCCGUGACGGUGUCCAUUCUCUCUCUGGUGGUCAUCGCCCUGGAAAGGUAUCAGCUCAUUAUCAACCCCACGGGCUGGAAGCCAAGCGUGCCCCAGGCUUACCUGAGCAUGGUGGCCAUCUGGGCGGCGGCGUGCCUCGUCUCCCUGCCUUUCCUGAUAUUCCACGUGCUGACCGAUGAGCCUUUGGCGGACAUCGGGGACCCCAUCGCGCCCUCGUUCACUCAGCCAAUCUGCAUGGAGUCGUGGCCCAGCAGGCAGCACAAGCUGAUCUACACGACUUGGCUCUUCGCCUUUCAGUACUGCGCGCCGCUCGCCUUCAUUGCCGUGUGCUACGGAUGGAUAUACGCCAGGCUGAGGACCAAGAAGGACCUGCUGGGCAAAGCCGGUGAAGUCCGAAGACCCAGGGCGUCGAAGGUCAGGAAGAUAACCGCGAUACUGGGUCUGCUGGUCCUCGCAUUCGGACUUUGCUGGCUGCCGCUGAACGUGUUCAAUAUCAUCGCGGACUGGGACAUGGAGGCGAUGAUGUCCUGUGACCACAAUCUCAUCUUCUCCCUGUGCCACCUGGCCGGGAUGGCUUCCACCUGCAUUAACCCUGUGGUCUACGGCUUCCUCAACAAUAACUUCAAGAAGGAGCUGUGGGCCAUCAUCGUCCAUUGCGACUGGGAGAGGCAUGAAGACUGCGAACAUUUUCCGCUGUCCACCUUGAACACCGAACUCUCCAAGACCUCGCUGCGAGUUGCACGAGUAACGUGCCAUGAUUAAAAAGGCGCUGGUUGCCAUCUCUGUUUGACGGGCAAAGAAGGCAUGCUGCCUCGCAAAGAGAGCUCUCACACUUUGGCCGUUUUCACAGACAAACUUCGAGCUUGGAGCUACCGCAUGUAAACAGGCUUUUACCGAAUGCAUCGCCGACCGAUCACCCGUUACCACUGGUUCAAGGGGUAUCACAUUUUCUCAUCCGCUCCCCCAAGCAUUAGGGACCGUUUUACCGAGGCAAAUUCACCCUUAAACCCGCACAUCUUCGAGAUGUGGCAAGCAAGACAUUGGUAAGGCCGCGCUGGGAGCAUUAUGUUCUUCUUUAGUCCGAGGGUGGUGAAUCUGUGGAAUUCUUUGCCACAGACGGCUGUGGAGGCCAAGUCAGUGGAGAUGUUGUGAGGCGCAAAUAGAUAGAUUCUUGAUUAGUCCGUGAGAGAGAGAGAGAGAGAGGUAGGAGAACGGGGUUAGGAGGGAGAGAUAGAUCAGUGGCGUUAGGAGUGGUGUUAGUGGCAGAGGGGUUAGGAGGGAGAGAUAGAUUGAAUGGCGGAGUAAACUUGAUGGGCCGAAUGGCCUAAUUCUAUUCCUAUUCCUUAUGAGCUCAUGAUCUUAUGACCUCAUGUUCAGAUUCGAUCUUAUGACCUUAUGCUCCAGGAAAGAUGCCAUUAAGUUGGAAAAGGCGUUGAAGAUAUUUACGUGGAUGUUACCAGGAUGUUACAGCCCGAGCUAUAGGGAGAGGAGGGGUGGACUAUAAAAUAAGACUUUAUUCCUGGGGGCACAGGAG